AAAGUUUUCAUUCUUACUUUUUAAAAGAUUUAGGUGUUCUGCUAUUUGCGACAACUGAGAGCACCUCGUAAAUGUGCUAGGAAAAAUGCUGACUGGGGUAUUUUAUUGAAGCACGCUAAAAGUUAGGUUACGAAUGUCUACGCUCGCAUUCCUGGUUUGGGAUGUUUUCUCACUGAUGCAGAGUGCAUCAGAAACCUGUUUUUUCUGCAAACAGGACUUAACUUUUUGGGGGAGAAUGGUAACAUCUGGAUGGGGAAGGGAAAAGAAGUUUCAGAGCUCGAGGCUCUUACAUAUGAACUGUUCACCUUCCUGUUAGCUCCAUUUUCCAUGUCUGGAGGUCAUGGCUUUUUUACAUGUGUAAUAAAAGCAGAAAGUUAGCCGAAGGCAAAACAUCAAAUAGUCUGCUUUACUGCAUUGAAAAUGUACCUAUGGCAAGAAAACGUUAUGAAAAAAAGCUUACCUACUUCCCUGACUGCUUGUAUGAGUAGCUAUAUGGGGAGCAGUGCUUAGCACCACACCAUAUAACUAGUCUGUAACUAGUUUAGAGCACAGAAGUAGUUUGUACUACUAGAGUUUGGCCACACCUUACACUUAUAUGUAACUGAUGUUAAAGCUGUACCUUGCGCUGUUGGGAAAUUCUGGACAGACGCAGGUAUUGGGUCCUUGUUUCAUGAUCUGAUCUGGUUAUUCUCCUCCUUCCUCUCUCCUUUUGCACAUACACUUAUUUUCAAUCCCUUCAAAAAAUAUUGGGGUGUAUAAACUUAAUGGGACAGCUUUUGGACGUUGCUACCCAAAUCUAGAUCUCUAAAUAACAAAUUUAUGCAAGCUCUGAAGUUUAUCCAUGCAUGAAUGUUAACUCUGGCAUCAUGCUUUUACCCUGUUGGGCAACUAAACUCCACCACAACCGCUCUCUCACUCCUCCUCAGAGGAAGUGGGGGAGAAAACACGAUGGAAAAAGUCUCGAGGGUUGAGUUAAGGACAGGGAGAUUGCUCACCAAUUACUGCCAUGGCCAAAACAAACUCAGUAUAAGGAGAUGAAUAUAAUUUAUUGCCUAUCACUAGCAGACUAGAACAGUGAGGAACUAAAAACAACCUACAAACAGCUUCCCCCCGUCCACCCUAUCCUACCUUCUCCCCCUGAGCAGUCCAGAGGAAUGGGGUCUAGGGUCAGUCCCUAACACUUCGUCUCCGCCGCUCCUUCAUGGUCACUCUCUGCCCCUGCUCCACGUGGGGUCCCUCCCAUGGGAUGCCAUCCUUCUGAACUGAUCCUGUUGGGGAUGCCCACAGGCAGCAGCUCUUCAAGCACUGCUCCAAACAUGGGUCCAUACCAUGGGGUCCACAUCUAUCUUAGAGGUGCUUUUGGAGAGGAAUCCAGAUGAGGAUUUUUUGGAUGCUUUGAGGGUGAUAUAUCUGUGAGUGCUUCAGGUUUCUCCUACAAGAUGUGUUCCACAAAUCCAACCAAUUGGGUUACCUUCGAUGACGAGCCACUCUUCCAGUCACCUCAGAAAUUGGUUGAUAAUCACAGCAGUUGUAAAGCAAAUGGCCUUAAACUCAGUCUUUCUAACGUGCAUGAAUGUUCAAGUCGAUCAUCUUCUACAGGCAGUACUCCACUCUCGUCUCCUGUAGUUGACUUCUACCUAAGCCCUGGGCCCCCCUGUAACUCUCCACUGACCACACCAACCAGAGACUACCCAGGCAAUCCGUGCAUCCAGAACCCUGGGAUUCAUAUCCUGUAUCCUAUUCCUGAAUGGCCAUCAAAUGUUAACCUUCCGUCACCUGGGGUUUGCUCUUCCCUCGCCUUGCAGAAAUCCAGCAGCCUUCCUUUGACUAAUGACAAUCCAGUUAAGACUUCGUUCUCCAAAUCAACAGAUGAGGGAAACCCUGAUCUGCAAGGAGGUGACAAGUCAGGAGAGUCGUUGACACUGGGGCGCUUCCCCCACUUCCAGAGUGACUGUGGCUUUUCCAGUCCCUUUUGGAGGGAAGGAUGCUUACUCAGCACAUCACCAGCUAAUGUUAACACGUGCAGGAAGGACAAAGCGAUUAACAAAGGCAUUUGUCAUUCUAAAGAAAAAGAGGUUUACCAUGAUCAGAAGAGCCUUAACCAGGGCUCCUUCAGCUACAUCUGUGAGAGGCUCGAACACCUGCAGGCUGAUGGCUCUGACGCUGUGGGAAGCUUACCCAUCUCCAGUGCUCACGCGUGGCACAAGCAGUCCCCAGCUGUUCCUCACGGCCUGUUCAGGAGCCGGAAAGCUGAUGGAUGGCCGUUCAUGCUGCGCAUUCCUGAAAAGAAGAACAUGAUGUCAUCUCGGCAAUGGGGUCCUAUUUACCUGAGGGUUCUUGCAGGAGGUGUGUUGCAGAUGUACUAUGAAAAGGGCCUUGAGAAACCUUUCAGAGAAUUCCAGCUGCAGCCACACUGUAAGCUAUCCGAACCCAAACUAGAGAGCUAUAAUGUUUCAGGAAAAAUCCAUACGGUGAAGAUUGAGUGUGUCUCUUACACGGAGAAAAGGAAGUAUCAUCCCAAAGUAGAAGUGAUCCAUGAGCCGGAGGUUGAGCAGAUGUUAAAGUUAGGAACCACGGAUUAUAAUGACUUCACUGAUUUCAUUGUAACAGUUGAGGAAGAGCUUAUGAAACUUCCUACCAUUUCUAAGCAAAGGAGAAAUUAUGAAGAACAAGAAAUGACUCUAGAAAUAGUGGAUAACUUCUGGGGGAAAAUCACUAAAGCAGAAGGAAAGCUUGUAGAAAGUGCUGUCAUCACACACAUUUAUUGUUUGUGUUUUGUGAAUGGAAGUACUGACUGCUUUCUAACUCUGAACGACCUGGAACUCCAGAAGAGGGAUGAGCAUUACUUUGAGAAGGAUGCAGAGAAGAAAUGGAUCAAUAUUCUUGAUUGCUAUUUCCAUAGCUGUGUCAAAACACAGGAAUUUGAGCAAUCACGAAUUAUUAAGUUUAUACCCCCUGAUGCCUAUAGGCUGGAGCUAAUGCGUUUCAGGACACAGUAUCAAGGAGAAGACCUUCCGUUUUCUGUGAAGGCUGCAGUAGUGGUUCAGGGGGCAUAUGUAGAACUUCAGGCUUUUAUAAAUAUGUCUUCAGCUACAACACGUUUACCCUCUGUGAAAUACUGUGAAAAUGUUAUGAUACGCUUUCCAGUUCCUGUUCAGUGGGUCAAAGCACUUUGGACCAUGAACCUCCAAAGGCAGAAGUCCCUAAAAUCAAAAAUGAAUCGAAGAACAUGCCUUGGUUCUUUACAUGAGAUUGAAUCUGAUCCCGUAAUACAAGUCUCGGUUGGAACAGCGAAAUAUGAAAGUGCCUACAGGGCUGUUGUGUGGAAGAUAGACAGGCUUCCAGAUAAAAACUCAAGUUCAGAUCAUCCACACAGCCUGUCUUACAAACUCGAGCUUGGAUCAGACCAGGAAAUACCUUCUGACUGGUACCCAUUUGCUACUGUACAGUUUGUCAUUCAUGAUACCUGUGCAUCAGGAACAGAAGUCAAGUCACUGGGCUUAGAGAGUGAUGUGCAGCCACAGAAACAUGUGAUUCAGAAAGCUUUUUACAAUUGCCAGGUUGAAAUUGAAAAGAAGUGGAUUAGGCUUGAUGGAGAAGAUCCAGAUAAGGCUGGCAACUGCUUAAUGCAGUGAAGGAGAACAGCAGGCAUCAUCACCAUGAUAUUAGUAGGAAUCAAUUCACAUUGGAAAUUCUAUUGUUAGAAAAAGCGCAUUGAUCGUGUUUAUCCUAAACUAGGUCAUCAAAUAUAUUUUUAAGUCCUUAUGGGUUUGUUGCUGCAAAUCAGCACUCAUUUGAUUGGCUUGUGUUCAAGUCAGGUUCCCGUCGUGGGAAAAACAGGAUGAGCAAAGUCUACUUGCAAAGAUUUGCAGGAUGCGAGCACUUACUUGACUGUAAUAUAUUUUUUUUCCUGUUGCAUAUCUCUGACUUGGGAAUGAUCUCAUAGUCCAUAUUGAAACCUAAUGACACUGCUCAAAGAGUUCAUGUCACUUGGACAUACAAUGCUCAGCAAUACAAAUUGCCAGAGCACUUAUGCGCAGACCAGCAUAUGUGUAAGGUCCAGCAGGACCAAUUACAGUUUUUUUUAGUGGCGUUUGAAAAUCUAUGUCCUCCGUGUUUUUGUUCUCCUCAAUUUAUGUGAACAAAACAAGCUGUAAUAUUAUUCUCUAUGAGAGCCUCAACUAAUGAGUUAUAAACUGGGUGAUUUCAUUUGUAAAAUGGGAAAAGUUCCUCAGCAAUAAUAUUCCUCAUUUUUCUGUGGCAGCGAGUGUUUCCUCCCCAGCACUUUUAUAGGUUCACUCAAAGUAAUCUCUUGGGCAAAAAAAAAAGAACAUAUGGUAGAUGUGAUUAAAAUGUUUGUGCCAGCAUCAGGCUUUUUUUUUUUUUUCCAUUGUUGCAGCAAGUGAGGGGGCAUAUUCUCAUCAAGCAUAAAUCGGUCCACUCCCAUUUCAUUUGAUGAAGCUUUGAUAAUUUGCACCAGCCCACAGGCUGAAAAAAUGGUGAGUUGCUACUGAUUGUGCCUUUAGGAUUUAGGGUCCAGAUGUUGGUUUGGAAACUGCAGAAGCUGCUGCAUUGCUGCUUUGAAGAACUUCAAGACAGAGGGCAUUUUUUUUUCAUGCAUGGAAAGUGAGGUAUUUUCAUCAUGCUGCUGGCUCUAAUGGCGUUUUUGAGGGGAAACAAUGCAGGAAUAGACUAUUGCAAGGGAAUUGAAAGUGUGACAUUUUAGCGGGUAGCUACUAACCCUAUAUUAAUGUGUUAACUUCCUAUUAUUGUAAUUUAGGAAGGUUUUUUAGCAUUUCCACAUAGCCAUUAUCCCCUUAGUCAUUUUAUGCAGGCUGUAAUUCCAGCUCUGUUAAAAAAAUCUGAUAAAUUAAAAAAAUACUUGUGAUAACUUUUUUCCUGCAGCUUUCCUAAAAUUAUCCUUACUUCAAACUGAAAUUAUUGGAGAAUAAAAAUACAGUAAUACACUGUCUUACUUUAUAUUUUGCCACAGCUUGUAACUGUUUAUAUGAGCACUGUGUAAAAAUACAGAUAAAUGUUAUUCCCCGAAAGUAGAAAAAUGUGGGAUAUGUACUGAGAAAAUUACCAGUCUGAGGAAACAGAAGGCCAUAAUAUGAACAUAGUUCACCACAAUAAACUUUUCCACGCAUUUGGAAGCUGAGAAUGAAAUGCGUAAUAGAUUCUAUAGUAAGUCCUGGGGGCAGGUUUUUAUGGGUAUUACAUUGCCAAAGCCUCAAAUAGACUAUUAUGGUAUUUUGUCUUCUCUAUAUAUCCUUUUUAUUAGCAGGUUAUAUUAUCAUAAAUCUAAGCAAGCAUUUGAGUACAGUAGGUAUCCAAAUAUGUCUCAGAUGCUGCAUCCUCCAUCCCUGUUCUGACUUUAGUAGCCAUUAGCACCUUCAAGUCAUGUUUGGUUUGUUUUUAUUCACAUUCAAUUUCAGUUUGUUUACUUCUCAGCUAAACUGAGUGGCACAGUCAAUAGUAGGGCAAAAUGUUCAUGCUUGGCAUCACGGCAGAGCUCUGCAAUUCACUUAAAUCCGUGGUUAUACCAGAGCUGUAAAGCAGCAUUUUAAUUCAUCUUUCUUGGUAGUGAGUCCACAUGGUGCAAAUGAUCAUUCAGCCUUACUGAACUCGUUAACAUAAAAAGAUCAAGCUACAACUUUAUCUGUGUAGCACAAUCUUGGAUUUCCAUCUGAGGCUUGCCAGACUCUCUGUUACUUUAAUAAGAAUUGGAUCAGGAUCACAGGGAAUCCAUUCCACAGAAAUACUCCUGUAUUGGAAGAAAGCUACUCUGUUUAAUGCAUAGCUUUCAAUUUAAACCUGACAAUUAGUGAAGCCUAAGGCUGAAUAAUUACCCUGUUCAGUUUCAAACUGCUGUUUGUAUACCUUGCUGUCAGAAUAUUUAAAAAUAUGAGGCACUUUAAUGAAAGAAAGUUUGGAUUGUCUGACUUCCCCCCUCAUCAAUUCUAACUUCCUAUUGUACUGCAACCUGCUAAAGCAGAAACACCCUGGCUUCCCCUUUAUAAUAUUUCUUCUGCAUUCUCUGAUGCCGUUGAGUAUAACCAAUUGAAUGAAUGUUCUCUGUAUUUAAGACUUAUUUGCUAACAUUUUCUAUGAACACUAUAGCAGGCGAUAGUGAGUAAACAUACUGGUUUUUAUUCUUUAGAAAUCUGGGCAGUAAGUCAUCUAACUGUAUUCUGGGAGAUGAGGAACAGUUGCUAAAAUGUGUGCUCAGUGUCCAGCUGGCAGAAGGACUGGGGCUUUAAAUAGCCCAUGAGGUACAUUGGCAUCAUACGAGGAACCAGGUUUCACACAUAUCUGUUCUCUGCAUGUCCACAGCUAGCACCUGCACUCACUGAAAGUCUUCCAACUGCUUAGGUCACAUAAGAUGCUGACACUUCACUAACAUUUACUGCAGGGCAGUAUUUAGAUAUUAUCUGUAUUUCCUUCACAAAGGAGAAGCACAGUUGGUGUGUUCUAAAUUUUAAGUGUAAAUCAAUGAGAACGGCUAUUUUCAAAGUGUUUAUUUAAAAAGUGUUGUAUUUGCUCAAACUGACAAACUUUCUUUGCAUUAAUCUUUCUUAUGCUAGUUGUGUUAGUGUAGGUAAAUUGUAUUUGAUGUAAUUUUGGAUUCAAACACCCAUUGAAGUCAAUGGAAGUCUUUAAACUGACAAAAUGGGAUCUGCAUCAAAGCCUCUAAGAAUAAAGGAGAGUGGGAAAAAAAGAAGAAAGGAAGAAUAGUUGUAACGGGCAGGAAAAAAAAAAAACACUGUAGAAGAUUCUUGAUGCUAGUAAAUAAGCAAUCUUCAAUGCUUGCUUACUGCAACCAGAAGAGAGCACAAAAGCGAGGACAGGAGGUGUUACUGGAUGUCAAAGCUGAAGCCUUGCAGUGACUGGGAAUGAUGCUCUGGCUGCCUUUGUGCAGCAGCUCUUGAGAAAUGAGGAUGAUGGUGCACUCCAUUGAACGUGAUGCCAAGCCAUGGUCAUCCUUAUGCUCUGUGCUUUUUUCCAGACUCAAUAUUAGUUGUCCAGAAGUACUCUGCAUCUGAAAACGUGUGUUCACAUGUUGCAUUUAGCUGCAUUUAUUUUACUUGACAGACUUCUUAGCUGCUGUAUUGGUGUCCACAUCAUUUUACAUUUAUUUGUCUUUUUGUUGACUAAACACAGUAAUUAACUGCUGCAGUUAGUAAUUCUUAGCUGUAAUUUUGAUAACUCUGAAGCAGUGCUGUUAUUCUUAAUGGAAAAUAUUUUAUUUUUGUCUGUAUAAAUAUAAGCAGAUCAUGCUGAUCAUCUUGUAAUAACACUUUGUAGAUUACAUAUUGAUUAGAAAAAUAAAAUUGUAUUUCAAA